AUGAAGCUGUCUACAAGUCGUGAGUGGCUGUUCAGUCUUGCGCUGACCGCCGCCACACUGCCCAGUACCGAUGCAGACAUGACUACGACCAUAAGCUCGUCCACGAAUUGGGGUACAUGGGAAGGUUUCGGGGUGUCCCUCGCCUGGUGGGCUGCGGCUUUUGGCUCGCACAGUGAACUGGCAGACCUUUUCUUCUCCACAAAGACGACCAGCUACAAUGACGCCGAAGUACCCGGAUUGGGGUUCACCAUUGCUCGGUACAACGCCGGUGCAUGCAGCUCGAACACAAUCAAUGGCUCUGCCAUGGUUGUUUCACCGAAGAUGAUCCCUUCUCGUCAAGUGGACAGUUAUUGGCUCGACUGGCAAAGCAGUUCGCCUUCUUCGUCGAGCUGGAACUGGAAUGUUGAUGCUAAACAGCGCAACAUGCUGUUCAUGGCAAAGGCACGAGGCGCAACGACCUUCGAGCUCUUCUCAAACUCGCCAACUUGGUGGAUGUGCAUCAACCACAAUCCGUCCGGAUCCAAUGAUGGCACGAGCAACAACUUGCAAUCCUGGAACUAUGACCAGCAUGCCGUUUACCUAGCGACCAUCGCCCAGUACGCCGCUGCCCACUGGGGUAUCACCUUCCAGUCAGUCGAAGCAUUCAAUGAACCCUCCUCGGGAUGGUGGAAUGGACUCACAGGAACACAAGAAGGGUGCCAUUUCGACGUCAGCACUCAAGCUAUUGUCAUUGGUAACCUGCGAUCGGAGCUCAACCAUCGCGGUCUGGGCUCGACACUCAUCGCGUCAUCGGACGAGAACACGUAUGACCUGGCCAUCUCGACUUGGAAUAAUCUCGGCAGCGCGGCGACGCGGCAAGUUGCUCGAAUCAAUGUCCACGGAUAUCAAUAUGGCCAAGGCCGUCGAGACACCCUGUACAGCUUAGCAUCCGGUGCUGGUAAACGGCUGUGGAACAGCGAGUAUGGCGAGAGUGACGCUACGGGCCGAAGUCUGGUAGACAACCUGUUGCUCGAUUUCCGCUGGUUGCACCCAACGGCUUGGGUGUAUUGGCAAGCCAUCGAUGGCGGUGGUUGGGGUUUGAUCGAUGGUGACAACGACAAGCUCACUCUGGGCGCCGUCAGUCAGAAGUACUUCGUACUCGCUCAGUUCGCUCGACACAUCCGACCGGGCAUGCAGAUUCUGGACGGUGGCAGCAACUACACCGUCGCCGCAUACGACUCCAAUGCUCGCAAGCUGGUCAUUGUGGCAGCGAACUGGGGGCCCGAUCAAUAUCUGAACUUUGAUCUCUCUCACUUCAACAAGCCCGGAGUCAGCGGUGCUUUGGUCCCUCGCUGGACAACUCAAGUUGGGUCUGGGGCUCAAUACGUCAGUCACAGCGACACUUAUAUGAGUGGAAGCAAAUUCUGGUCAUAUUUCCCUAGUGGAGCUGUUCAAACUUUUGAAGUGGCGAAUGUUUCCCUGUGA